GAGACCCAAUACUUUUCCUCUUACUCUGUCUGCCCAGAAAAGGGAGAGGUGUACUUCAGUGCUGAGCAGCGGAAGUGUGGUUUGGGGGUGAAACAAAAGUCACAUCUGUAAUCUUUCGAGUGUUGUCCAACUGUCUAAGCCAGUAAAGAUGGCUUCUGCCAUGGCCGUCUCAGUCCCCUGACCAAAACCCCAUUGAAAACCAGUGGGCUGAGCUGAAGAGGAGAGUGCAAAAGAGAGGACCAAGGACCCUGGAUGAUCUGGAGAGAUUAUGUAUUGAGGAAUUUUUUUUCUCAGAAUAAAUUAACUUCAAUUAAAGAAUGUCUAAAGGACCCGCAGUGGGCAUUGACCUGGGCACCACAUACUCCUGUGUGGGCAUCUUCCAACAUGGCAAAGUGGAGAUCAUUGCUAACGACCAGGGCAACAGGACUACACCCAGUUAUGUGGCCUUCACUGACACAGAGAGGCUUAUUGGUGACGCUGCCAAGAACCAGGUUGCCAUGAACCCAACCAACACUGUUUUUGAUGCCAAGCGUCUGAUUGGUCGUAGGUUCGACGACUCCGUGGUGCAGUCGGACAUGAAGCACUGGCCCUUUGUUGUGGUGAAUGAUGGUGGUAAACCCAAAAUGGAGGUGGAGUACAAAGGAGAAAAGAAGACCUUUUUCCCAGAGGAGGUGUCUUCCAUGGUGCUCACUAAGAUGAAAGAGAUCUCUGAAGCCUACCUAGGAAAGGCAGUAAACAACGCUGUCAUCACAGUCCCCGCCUACUUUAAUGACUCCCAACGCCAAGCAACCAAAGAUGCUGGUGUGAUUGCUGGACUCAACGUAAUGCGUAUCAUCAAUGAGCCCACCGCUGCAGCCAUUGCAUAUGGCCUGGACAAAAAGGUGGGCAGUGAGCGAAAUGUUCUGAUCUUUGACCUGGGUGGCGGCACUUUCGACGUAUCCAUCCUGACUAUUGAGGACGGCAUCUUUGAGGUCAAGUCCACCGCUGGCGACACCCACCUGGGAGGCGAGGACUUUGACAACCGCAUGGUCAACCACUUCAUUGGCGAGUUCAAGCGCAAAUUCAAGAAGGACAUCAGUGGCAACAAGCGAGCGGUACGGCGCCUGCGCACUGCCUGUGAGCGUGCCAAACGCACCCUCUCUUCCAGCACCCAGGCAAGCAUUGAGAUCGAUUCCCUGUAUGAGGGGGCCGACUUCUACACCUCCAUCACUAGGGCUCGCUUCGAGGAGCUCAAUGCUGACCUGUUCCGUGGCACAUUGGAUCCUGUGGAAAAGUCCAUGAGAGAUGCUAAGAUGGACAAGGCCCAAAUUCAUGACAUCGUCCUGGUGGGAGGCUCCACACGAAUCCCCAAGAUCCAGAAGCUUCUGCAGGACUUAUUCAAUGGCCGAGACCUAAACAAGAGCAUCAACCCCGAUGAGGCUGUGGCUUAUGGCGCUGCUGUCCAGGCUGCCAUCUUGGCUGGUGACAAGUCAGAGAAUGUGCAGGAUCUAUUGCUGUUGGAUGUUACACCCCUGUCUCUGGGUAUUGAGACUGCUGGAGGAGUCAUGACAGUCCUCAUCAAGAGGAAUACCACCAUCCCCACCAAGCAGACCCAGACCUUCACCACAUAUUCAGACAAUCAGCCUGGAGUUCUCAUCCAGGUGUAUGAGGGGGAAAGAGCAAUGACCAAGGACAACAAUAUCCUAGGCAAGUUUGAGCUGACUGGAAUCCCUCCGGCCCCCAGGGGUGUCCCCCAGGUCGAGGUGACUUUUGACAUUGACGCCAACGGUAUCCUCAAUGUGUCUGCAGUGGACAAGAGCACUGGCAAGGAGAAUAAGAUAACCAUCACCAAUGACAAAGGACGUCUAACUAAGGAAGACAUUGAGCGCAUGGUGCAGGAAGCAGACCAAUACAAGGCUGAGGAUGAGGCUCAGAAAGAGAAGGUAACAGCUAAGAAUUCCUUGGAGUCCCUGGCCUUCAACAUGAAAAGCACUGUGGACGAUGAGAAGCUUGCAGAAAAGAUCAGCCCAGAGGACAAGAAGACCAUUGUGGACAAGUGCAAUGAAGUAAUCUCCUGGCUGGACAGAAACCAGACAGCAGAGAAGGAUGAGUACGACUACCAACAGAAAGAGCUGGAGAAAAUAUGUAACCCCAUCAUCACCAAGCUAUACCAGGGUGGUGCAGGCCCACAAGGUGGUAUGCCAGGAGGUAUGCCUGGAGGUAUGCCCGGCGGCUUCCCUGGAGGGCCUGGUGGCAGUUCAUCUUCUGGUCCAACUAUUGAGGAAGUUGACUAAACUUGCUGUCUCACCUAGAAGAGAGAAUCCAAGCCUACAUCUGAGCUUUGAGGUUACCCACACUUUCUGCAAGAUAAGUCAACUACAGGCUGCUAAAACCUUGUGUUGCAGUGCAUGCAACCUUUUCUUUUGUCAGAUUGUAAGCCAAUAAAUAAAACCAAUAAAUCAGCAUUCUCCUAA